AGCCGGCGACCGCGAACAGAUAUACGAGUAUGAAGGCAGCGAUGCCGAGGAUGAUGACGACGGUGUUGGUGGUAACCUUGUGCAUGCCCCCGUCGCCGCUCUGGCUGCAGCCGCUGGAGCUGGAACUCCAAUGCUUGGGUUGGCAGCCUCGGGUCACGGCCACGUGUUGGCUAAUGCUCACGCACACUCCCAGGCACAACCACAUUCACGAAUUCACCUCCAUGGACACGGGCAUGGAAUCCCACAGGUCAGCGCAGCUGACCUCUUUUUGCCCCAACCACCUGGUCAUGGACAACAGAUAAAUUCCAGGCAGCACCAACACCAGCAUCUACACCAAAUAUCCGGGGUCUCAAGUCCCGGUUUGCCUGGGCCCUCACGAUCUGGUCUUGGUCCUGGCCAACUGCCAGUUACCUCUAAGGCUCAGCAAAGACCGACUCCGCCAGCACAUAAUCCCCAUCAGCAUCAGCCUAAUCCUGCCCUACGUUGUCAGCAGACACAGCAUAUUCAGCCCGGCUUACAGCGACAUUCUCAGCAGCAACAGCAGCUAUCCAACCAGGAGGCGAAUUCAAUUAGUAUGGUUUAA